GAAAAUCAACAAAUUGAACAUAUUUAAAUUCACUUUAUUUUUUACAAUGAAACAAGAACAAGAAAUGUUAUGAACGAAACGAAGAAUUGAUUGAAAUCGUCUAAUUCAUAUAAAAAAAUAGUUUACGAACAGAUUAAGUAAUAUUUUGAACUUUGCGCCAUUUCCAUGUUUGUUGACGAAAUAGAAACGCCGGUCCCCGCAAUAAUCACCAAAACUACAAGAACAGUGUAUUAACUUGCUAAACAACAGAUAUGGUAUCUACAAGAAGUGUGCGUUAUAAAUUUAGUGAAGGAGAACGAGUGUUAUGUUAUGAACCUGAUCCUACGAAAGCUAAGGUUCUUUACGAUUCCAAGGUUUUAGAGGUAAUAGAAAGCAAAGAUAAACGUGGAAAACGGAGUGUUGAGUACUUAAUACACUUUCAAGGCUGGAAUUCGUCCUGGGAUCGCUGUGUGAGCGAAGAUUUUGUAUUGAAGGACACAGAAGAGAACAGGCAGUUGCAAAGAGAUCUUGCAGAGAAAUCACAACUGCAAUUAGGUGCAUAUUUAUAUCGACGAGAAAGAAAGAAAGGUAGUUCUAAUGCAGGAUCAGGAUCCACAAAAAGAGCUCGACAUGGAUUUAGCGAUGAUGGAUCUUCUAGCAGUACACAGCCUGAUGAAGGUGAAACAGCAGCUGAUACUGAUACUUCAUCAGGCUCUACUUCGAGUGCACUGCCAAGAUCAUCUCCCGUCCCGACUCAUACAUGCCGUGCACAAAUACCACUACCGCCUUCUCUCAGGGAUCGCUUAACACUCGACUACCACCUAGUGGUGAAGCGCGGCCGUGUGGCCCGGUUGCCCGCUUCACCCAGCGCGGCCGACAUACUAGAGUCUGUAGUGAAGUGGUUCGGGCGCGCCGGCGCGUGGAACCCGCCGCGCGGUAAACAUGAGCCACCGCAGAAACCGGACAUUCUAGAAGUUUCCGCCAGAUUAAAUUUAGUGCGCGAGGUGGCAGACGGCUUAAGAGUAUAUUUCGACUUCAUAUUUCGGGGACACAUGUUAUACAAGCAGGAAAUGGCGCAGUACCACGAGAUGUGCGGGCAGUACAAUGAUUUUCCAACGGAUAUUAAUUCAGAAGGUGAGGACCAAGAAAACCAAUCUCCUGAUGAGGAUCCCGACGAUGAUGAAGAUGAGAAGAGUCCGCGGAUGCCAGAAUAUGCUCACCUUCCUCCUGACCCUGAAUAUGACCAGGACGAUGAACCAUUAGUAAGAAGAGACCGGCCAAUAGAUCGAGAGGAAAUAAAAGAGGAGCGCAUAGAAAUAAAGGAGGAGCAGGUGGAGCCGGUCGCGGGACCCUCGCACCAAGACGGUGGUGCCGAAGAGCCGCAGCCCGCCGCUGUGGCCAGGAGGUUACGUUCACACAAAUCCGCGGUAUCGCAAUCGGAAAGCGAAGACCCAGCACCUUCAACUUCUACGGCAGAACCGAGAGCAUUUGAGACACAAUCAUCAAGCGUGGGCAGCAGCGGAUCGUCGACCAGCGAGUAUAGAGGUGCGCGUGUACACACAUAUACGCCCUCCACUUCUACACGCACACCACUCUCAUUACUCAUGGAAAAGGUAUCAAAAUUCGAGUUAAUACCGCGAGAAGGCACUGAACAUUUACCAUGUAGAGUUUAUGGUGCAAUACAUCUUGCAAGGCUUUUUGUUAUUUUACCAGUUUUUCUGAAUGCAACUCAAAUGCCUGACAUGAAGUUAAAACUUAUAUUGAAAUAUAUUGAUAUAUUUGUACAAUACCUUGAUGAACAUAGUGAAUGGUUUGGAGAAAGCUUCUAUGUGCCUAAUACUUUUAUUCAAUCAAAUUGAAAACGAUGAGAAUCAGAUGAAAGGGAUAACAAUGUGUGCUAUUGAAUGUUUUAAAUAAGUUAACGCUAAUGUACAUUACCUACCACCUUUACCUCAAUAUUUCACAUUGUUUCAAAAACUUAAGACCAUAAUUUUUUAUUAUCAUUUUACUUAUGAAUAGUAAUACAAGAAAAUGUUGUAAUUUAGUUUUCUAACAAUUAUUUUAGUAUUUUGUCUUUACGCGUGUAUGGAAUUUGUUGUAAAUAUAAUUUAACGAAUUGUUUGACCGAAUAUAAAUCAUGUGAUGAGUGUGUAAAUAUACAUUACAAUUAUAAGAAUUAUGUAUGCUCCAUAAUGAAAAAUGACGAUUUUACUUAAAUAAAUGCUAUUCCUUAUUA